UUGACCCCGAAGGCUCCUUCUACACCAUAAGAUCCAACCAAGACAAAAGAAAACUAGGUUUCACUCUUCUCUCUCUAUUACUCUCCGUCUCUCGUUUCCCUCUGUGGUGUUCUCCGCCGUUCUUCUUAUCACCAUCCUUAGCUGAGAACUUGAAGUUUAGAGUCAAUGAGGGGAAGAAGCUACACUCCGUCACCACCGAGGGGUUAUGGAAGGAGGGGCCGCAGCCCUAGCCCUCGUGGACGAUAUGGUGGGAGUCGUGACAGGGAUCUCCCUACCAGUCUUUUGGUUCGCAACCUACGUCAUGAUUGCAGGCAAGAAGACCUCAGGAGGCCUUUUGAGCAGUUUGGUGUUGUCAAGGACAUCUACCUUCCAAGGGAUUACUAUACUGGAGAUCCAAGGGGGUUUGGAUUCAUUCAGUAUGUGGAACCUGCUGAUGCUGCUGACGCAAAACAUAACAUGGAUGGUUUUCUUCUUCUUGGUCGUGAGUUGACUGUUGUAUUUGCAGAAGAAAACCGGAAGAAGCCAACUGAAAUGAGAACAAGGGAUCGUGGUGGAAGGAGCAACAGGUUUCAUGACAGAAGGCGUUCUCCUCCUCGGUACUCUCGUUCUCCUCCCCCUCGUCGUGGUGGUCGUAGAUCACGAUCACGUAGCCGCGGCUAUAAUUCUCCUCCCCCUAAAAGACAUCAAUCUAGGUCUGUCUCACCUCACGAUAGACGAUACGAGAAGGAGAGGUCAUACUCCCGCUCACCACCCCAUAAUGGCUCAAGGGUUCGCAGUGGAAGUCCUGGGAGAGUGAAGAGCCACAGCAGAAGCCCUAGAAGAAGCGGGAGCCCAAGAAGAAACAGGAGCUAUACUCCUGAACAAGCCAGGAGCCAAAGCCCAGUCCCUAGGCAGAGCAGGAGCCCGAGCCCGGUCCCAGUCCCUGCACGAAAUGGAGACCGUUCUCCUAGCCAGUGAUUACUCACAUCAUGUUGUAUCUCUCUACUCUUUGAGUUCUUGAGAUUUAAAUUCUGUUUCUAUCAGAUAUUUUGUUGCCUCUACUAGAUUGAUACUCUAAAGCUUUGUUUAGACAAGUUUUAAAGACAGAUAUUUGUAGUGCUAUUUGUGUGUUUUGCUUUAUGUGUUUGAUCAAUGGAUCAUCUUGAGACAGGAUUUUGAAAUAGAGUGUGGUUUUUUGUCA